AUGCGGCACCCAGCUGCCUCCGAGGCGGCCGCUUGUUCGGCGGCGCUCACGCUCGCCUUGCCGCUGCUGCUGUUCCUGCUGCUGUGUGCAAGCCAGCUGGCCGCUGCACAGCAGCAGCAGGCGCAGCAGGUGCAGCCGCAGCAGGACGUCGCAGCGCAGUGCCCCUUGGCGGUGCGCUACGAAGUGAGCCUGGGGCAGGGGCAGAGCGCCACGCCUCAGGUGCCCAUCUUUUUGGCUUCGCUGGGGCUGCAAAACAACGCAAACUACUCGAUUGAGGACUGGCGCCUGGGCUGGAGCUUCCCCUUCGGCUCGGUCAUCAAGGCGCAGCAGGCGAGAGAGAGCGGACGGCGGGACAUCUUCGAUCCCUCCAUCGCCCUGCUCACCCCCGACUCGGUGCAUGCCGUGCUGGAAAGCGAGCCGGGGGCCAACCGCACCGUCAUCCCGCCCCACAGCGAGCUGCUCUUCAACUUCCUGGGCACCAAGGGCUCAGGCCAGCUCAGCCCCAGCAACCCUUACAACGUCGGCGCCCUGGAAAACGUGGCGUUCAACAACCUGCGGUGCACCUGGGUGCCCGCGCCGGCCGUCACGCCGUCGCCCGCGCCCAAGCCCAAGCCGGUCGAAGGGCCCGCGCCCGGCGGCAACGUCACGGCUGCGCCUGCCAAGGACCUGCAGGUGGAGUACACUCCCAUCGAGUAUGUGGGGCAGGAGAUCGUGGGCACAUUCACUCAGUUCCUGGUCAGGCUGCGCAACCUGCGCAACACCACGGCCAUCAACAUGUCGGGGCUGGGCCUGCAGUACUGGUUCGAGGGCCCGCUGGACGGCGCCCCGCUGUUUGCUGACUUCAGCCCGCAGCAGUUCUUCACGGUGCAGUGCGAGUGGGCCACCACGGGCUGCGACAGCCUCAGCAUCGAGGUGCAGCCCGGGAUGGACACCGUGCCGGGCGCCGCCUUCCUGCUGAACAUCACCCUCAACUCAAAGGCCGGCAUGCUGCUGCCCAACAGCGAGAACUCCGUGCCCUCGUUCUUCCUGGGCAAGGGCAUCGUGGUGAUGGACCUGCUGGUCACGCUGACCACCAAGCAGGGCCAGGCGAUGCUGAACGCCACGCAGGCAGGCGCAGGGCGCGGAUGGCUGGCGGCGGACUACUCCUUCCUAGAUACCCCGCAGCUGCCUGUGGAGUCGGCCAAUGCCACCAUCAUCCCCCGCCUCGCCCUCCCCAACUCCCACAUCCCCGCCUACCUAAACGGCACCCUGCUGUGGGGCGCCCCGCCAUCCCCGCUGGCUGCCGCGCCACAGGCCGAGGUGGCGGAAGCGGCGGCAGCGGCAGUGGACGGCGCCGCAGCGGCAAUGGCGGCAACAGAGGACUUGGGGCUGCCGGCGGGGGUGACCUGCGAGCAGACCAAGGACGGGCAGGGCCAGACGUGUGGGCUGGUGGUGGUGUACUGCUGCGAGGGCGAGGAGGAGCUCUCUCCCUUUAUCCCCGAGGAAUGGCCGCCGGCCCUUGCGUCUGCACCAACGGGCGAGCCGGCCGCCGAGCCCCUGGCACUGCCUCCGCCUGGCUCCCGCACUCCACCGCCUCCCAGCCCCAGCAGCCCCGCGCCGGCGCCAGCCGUGGACGGCGCCACCAGCCCCAGCAGCAGUCCCAGCAAGAAGAGCAGCAGCGCCGGCAUGGUGGCCGGCAUCGCGGCGGGGGUGGCGGUGGCGGCGCUGGCGGCGGGCGCCGCUUUCUUCCUGGUGCGCCGCCGCCGGCGGCGGCGGCUGCAGCAGGCCGGCUCGGCCAAGCUGCUGCUGGCCGGGCCGCAGCAGGGGGAGCGGGGCUCCGAGGACGGCAAGUCCAGCACGCCCCGCAGCCCCAAGGGGCCACGCCCGCCGCUGUUCCCGCCGGGCGGCGUGCCGCUGGGCAGCGCCUACAAGGCGCCAGCUGGCAGGCAGGGGGUACACCUGGCGGAGGUGCUGGUCAAUGGCUCAGAGCGCGGCGGUUCCCAGCAGAGCAGCCCCAGCAAGGCGGGCUCGCUGGCGCCGCUGCUGCGCCAGGCCGGGUCUGGCGGCGCCAACGGCGGCCACCACACCAGCAACCUGUUCAAGUUCCCCAGCGGGGUCAGCGCCGUCAGCAGCCACGACAACCCCAUAUUUGACACGCUCAGCGACGGCGGCUACCCUCCAGGAGCUGCUGCUGGGGGCAGCGCCUCCACCCAGCAGUCGGUGCUGCCGCAGCGCAUCGGCAGCUGGGAGCUGCAGUCGCAGGUGGUGACGCAGCAGGCGUUUGCGCAGGCGCAGGCGGCGGGCCUGGCGGCGGCGGCGGCCGCCGCCGCGGCACAGCAGCGGCGGGACGAGGACGACGGCUGGCGGCCAGACGUCCUGGCGCUGAUGCAUCGCAAGGGGGCCACAGCGCCGGUGCUUCUGGCCGGGCGGCGGGAGCACACGCGGCGGCGGCCCCGCGAGCCCCGCCAGCGCAGCAGCAGCGGCGGCGGCGGCAGCGGCGGCGGCAGCAGCGCGUCGAGCAGCGGCGACGAGAGCGAGGAGAGCGGCGGCGGCGCCCCCGACCUGCCGUCUGACUGGCAGGCGCGGCGCAGCAAGUCGUGGGAUGGGCACCUGCAGGACACCAACUCGAUGGGGGACUCGCUGCCGCUGUUCCUGCGCCGCCACCACCGCCGCGGCGGCGCCGGCGACCAGCUGCCGCACGCAAUACCGCCCAUGGGGGAGCUGGCCCCGCCGGUACUGCCCAGUACCGAGCCAGCCCCGGGCGUGGACCUCAACGUAGACUACGCCACAGAAGUGGCGCCCUUCCUGGGGCGCUGCCUGGGCACCGGCGGCUUCGGCUCGGUCUACGAGGCGACGUGGCGCGGGCGGCGCGUGGCUGUCAAGAAGCUGCCGCUGUUUGGGCCGGACCAGCCCUGCAGCGAGGGCAUGUAUGCAGCCAUGCUGCGGGAGAUCGAGCUGGCCUCCAAGUUUUCUUCCGACAGGCUGGUCCAGGUGUAUGGCGCCUGUACCGCCGACCGCGAGCAUGUGUGCCUGAUCAUGGAACUCAUGGAGGGCGGCUCCCUGCACCAGCGCAUCUACGACCGCUGCAAGCGGCGCAUGGGAUACCUCGAGAUACUGCAGCUGGCCCAUGACAUGGCCGCGGGCCUGGCCUACCUGCACCCCUCUGUGGUGCACCGCGACCUCAAGCCGCAGAACGUGCUGCUGGAUGGGGAGGGGCGCGCCAAGCUGGCGGACUUUGGCAUCAGCCGGGUCAAGGACCCCACCAAGAGCUACCUCAGCCAAGUCACCAACGACAACGGAACGCCGAUGUACAUGGCCCCCGAGCAGUUCAACGGCAGCCGGGUGGACGAGAAGGUGGACGUCUACGCCCUCGGCGUCAUCCUCAACGAGUGCUACACCCGGCGCCAGCCCUGGCGCGACUCCCAACACUUCUUCCAAAUCAUACUCAAGGUGGCCAUCAACGGGGAGCGGCCGUGGGUGGACCCCGACUGCCCCGAGCCGCUGCGCCGCCUCAUCACCAAGUGCUGGCACCAGGACCCACACAUGCGACCCUCCUGCGCCGAAAUCAUGCGCCUGGCCGCCUUCAUGAUACAGGCAAGGCGCCGGCACUGGGGAUUCGGCGGCUGCAUGCGCGCGUGCGAGGAGGUGCAUCGCUGGACCAGCCUGCAGAGCGCCGGCAGCGGCGGCGGCCACCUGCGGCUGCCGUCCGGCGCGCGCGGGCCCGGCGGCGGCUCGGCGCUUGCGUCACGCGCGCCCAGCCAGCUGCCGCCGCACGCGCAGCAGCAUCUGGCGACGCCGCAGCCGCCGCAGUCGCAGCAGCAGACGCAGCAGGGGCCUCUGACGCCGCCCCAAUAG